AUGGCUGAAAAGAGUAAUACGGAUUCAAAAUUUCUAGUACCAGCAGAGGAGAAGUGCAUUAUUGGAAGGAGCAUGUGGCAGAUAACUUUAAAAAGCAAAGAAGAUUUGCAGGAGUGUAUAGAGAUGAAAGUUAGAGGUGGGAAUCAGACACGAUUUUGGAAUGAUUGGUGGUUUUAUAAAACCAGUUUUAAGAGUAAGUUUCCAAGGUUAUUUAAGAUAAGCUUGCAGAAGCAUUAUUUUGUUGCAGAAGUAAUUAGAAAUGGUUGGACUUUAUCUUUUAGCAGGGUUCUUAAUCCGGCAGAGAGAAUUGAUUUGUUAGAACUAAAAGAUGAUUUAAAUUCAGUAUAUCUACGAGAAGGUGAAGAGGAUUUCUUGGUAGAGGAUUUCUCUUCAAUAAAGCUCUUUGAGAUGUUGAAUAGAGAAGAUGUUGAAUGGGAGUUUACAGAAUUGUUGGAGAUUAAGCACAUUCCACCGAAGGUCUCGUUCUUGUUUUGGGCAGGUUUUCAUAAUUCCAUUCAUACAAGAGUAAUGCUAGAACAUAGGGGAGUACAUAUUGCCAGCAACAUGUGUUUGUUCUGUAACGGGGAGCCAGAAACUCAAAUCCACCUUUUUAUGCAUUGUCCAGGCAUCACAGACAUUUGGAAUUAUUUUAUUAAUUCGUGUAAGGUGACUUGGGUGAUGGCGCAAUCGCUUACUUCUCUGCUGCAAAUCUGGAACACUUUCAGGUUUAAUGGAGUAAAGAAGGAUCUGCAGAAACUUAUUCCUUUUGCAGUUGUUUGGGUGAUUUGGCUAGAGAGAAACGAUGGAAUGCAUGGGAGAAGACAUAAGUCAGAUGAGGAGAUUAAGAUGAGUAUUAAGCAGACUCUGCAUUUGUGGACUGUUAAGCUAAGAUCUUUUGGUUCAUAUUAUGUGAAUCAAGUAUUAACUCAAUGGGAGACAGUUAUAUCGGUGUAG